GUUUGUGGAAUCUGACCUUUGACCCAUGUUCCGCGCCGUUGUUUGCCCUAGCAACAACCUACACAGACGCUGACUGACUGGACGCGCAGACGGCGUUCUCCUCUUUAUCCCACAUUUCUAGGCAUUUCUACCCCGAAGAAGAGGCAAAAUGAGUAACAGACAGAUUCUACAAGUGUUUGAGCAGUACCAGAAGUCGCGCACAGCCUUUGUACAGACUGUCGCAGAACUUGCAUCGCGACCACAGAACAUAGAAACACUGCAGAAUGCAGGUGUUAUGUCCCUGCUGCGGCCCCUCCUGUUGGACAUCGUCCCAACCAUCCAGCAGACGUCAGCGCUGGCCCUGGGUCGCCUGGCCAACUAUAACGACGACCUUGCGGAGGCCGUGGUGAAGGGAGACAUCUUGCCCCAGCUGGUAUACUCUCUGGCUGAACAGAACAGGUUCUACAAGAAGGCAGCGGCGUUUGUCCUGCGUGCCGUAGCAAAGCACUCCCCUCAGCUGGCCCAGUCUGUAGUGGACUGCGGUGCCCUGGACGCACUGGUCAUCUGUCUGGAGGAGUUUGACCCCGGUGUGAAGGAGGCCGCAGCCUGGGCUCUCGGCUAUGUGGCCAGGCACAAUGCUGAGCUUGCCCAGGCAGUAGUGGAUGCAGGUGCUGUGCCCCUGUUGGUGCUGUGUAUCCAGGAACCAGAGCUGGCACUGAAGCGGAUCUCAGCCUCCGCUCUGAGUGACAUCUGCAAACACUCCCCUGAACUGGCGCAGACCGUGGUGGACGCAGGAGCCAUCGCUCACCUCGCACAGAUGAUCCUCAACCCUGAUGCCAAACUCAAGCGCCAAGUGUUCUCAGCCCUGAGCCAGAUUGCCAAACACUCGGUUGACCUGGCGGAGAUGGUCGUGGAGGCAGAGAUCUUCCCCGCUGUGCUCACCUGUCUGAAGGACCCUGAUGAGUACGUCAGGAAGAACGUCGCUACGCUGAUCAGGGAGAUAGUCAAGCACACUCCCGAGCUUGCUCAGCUAGUGGUGAAUGCCGGAGGAGUGGCUGCUGUGGUUGAUUACGUCGGUGACUGUAAGGGAAACGUGCGCCUGCCGGGAGUGAUGAUGCUGGGAUACGUGGCUGCACACAGCGAGAACCUCGCCAUGGCUGUCAUUGUGUCAAAGGGAGUAGUCCAGUUGGCUGUGACAUUUGCUGAAGAGCCAGAGGACCACAUCCAGGCAGCCGCAGCCUGGGCUCUGGGACAGAUUGGUCGUCACACACCUGAACACGCCAAGGCUGUAGCAGCGUCCAACAUCCUCCCUAAACUACUCGCCUCCUACUUACGUGCAGACGCUUCUGAAGAUCUGCAGACCAAGGCAAAGAAGGCACUGAAGAACAUCCUACAGAAGUGUGUACACCUCCCAGCCCUGGAACCCCUGCUGCAUGACGCUCCUCCAAACAUCCUCAAACAUGUGGUCGGACAGUUCAGCAAGGUGUUGCCCCAUGACUCUAAGGCCAGGCGGUUGUUUGUGACCAGCGGAGGCCUGAAGAAGAUCCAGGAAAUCAAGGCAGAGCCAGGGUCGGCCCUACACGAGUACAUCAACACUAUCAACAACUGCUACCCUGAGGAGAUUGUCAGGUACUACUCCCCUGGGUACUCAGACCAGCUACUACAGAGAGUGGAAGAGUUCCAACCCGUCCAGUGAAGACAGCAAAUCAUUCGCAGUUGAAAAACUUUCUUCAUGCAGUUUCUGGUGCAGAAUGUCACCAAUAUUUCGAUUUACACAUGUUUUUGGUGAAAUAGAAAUUGUGCUGUCUUUAAAUAUAUCUCUACAUGUACAUAUAACUCAAUGUACAUUACUUGCACAUCAACACAGAGGUAGGAAAAAAUUACUUAAUACUAUGGCUUAACACAGGUGAACAUGCCGUUCAAAUAAGGCACAUUUUUAGUUAAACUGAGAUUGGUAUGCAAUGUUAUUCCCCAUUUAGCUGAAACCUUUACAAAAUUAUGACCUUUUGUGCCUUAAUGCAGCAUUCCCUAUUACAUUGUUGUGUGCUCUCGUAUAGUGGUACAUCUCUAAAAUCAGGACAACUGCGUCAAAAACAACAAUUAGGCAUAUUUUAGCACCAACUUCUUCUUAGCAACAUCUUUUUCGCAACAAAGCUGAGGUUAGCACUAGCAAAAUGACAAAAUUGUGUUACAAGCUAUGUUUCAAGCUAUAUAUAGCACAUUUUCAACAUAGAUUAAAACAUUUGAUAGAUUUAUCAAGUGGUCACAAUAUGUUGUUACAA